AUGAUAUUAAAUAGCUUUCCAGCGGCACCUCCACCUACACCCUUGCCAGCAACUACGUUCCCUGAAGAUAAAGCAGGAAUUGGAAAAUUUAGCGACACAAAGUGUACUGAUAGCUGUCUAACUGGAUAUUGCUAUUAUUCUUCAAGUACGCCGGUCACCUUCUGUGAAGAUAAAAAGUCGAGCAGUCAGCCUUGGCUGGUAGUCACAGAAGUGGUACAAUUGGUGCAGCUGUCAGUAACUGCCUCUGCACUAGCAAUUUAUUAUAUCAUCUAUUGCUACAUGCAGCUCAUAUACUACACACUUAGAAGCGCUAUCUACUUUCACAAUGCUGACGGACCUAUGAAAAUUACAAUUGGUGUGGUCACACUAACAUCAUUAGUGGUGGGGUUCAACAUUUUGGUGCGCUUGGAAAGAAUAAUUGGGAUAUUAUUUUGA